AUGUCUGACUUCGACGACGCCGAUCUGGUCGCACGGUUACAGUCUCUAAACACCGAGUUAUCUAAAACACCUCCUAACCCUACCAAUAUAUUUAGUACUCGUCCCUUCCUUGCUUCUGACGCUCUAGCAAAAGUGAAGCAGAUAGACGAAACAAUACAAGAGACAGGGCUUACGGCCGGUAUUAUCGAAACGAAAACAUUCUCUCCAGAAGCCGGCUUGGAAGAACAAGCUGAGCAGAAACUAUCUCAGUUUAAACCCAGCUCACGUACAGAUGAUACGGGUUUAAUAUUGAAGAGUUUUCUUGAUCAUUUGCCCCGUGAUCAAGGUAGAGAGGUUUUAGUCAGGUAUAUUGCUGGAUCUGAGGAUGCUGGUGCUCUUCGUUCUCUUGCAGAUUAUCUGUAUACGACUCUUUUGGCUCCGUUUAAAGCCUGUGGAGCAAAGACACCUGUGGUAGAGCCCUCUCCUCUUAGUAGGGAGGGAACCCGGCCUGAUGAUGAUGUUGAAAAACGCUGUUCUGAAAGAGACGAAUAUCGAUGCAUGCUUACUCGCUUACCUGAUGUUGAGGCUAAAAACAGAUUUCCCGACAUCACCUUCCAGAAGGAGGACUUCAUAGAAACUCGCGCGUGCCACAUCAUCCCAUAUGCGUUAGGGCACUGCUCAAAUCGUCAACGGAAAGAUCGACUGUCCAAGCUAUGGGCUUCUCUAUUUCUCUUCUUUCCAUCCCUCGCAGGUAUUAUGGACCCAUACCAGACAAACGAAACAAGAAACAUCAUGACGCUAUGGGAGAUCUUUAGCACGCAGUUCGGGAAGCUACAUAUGGCCUUGGAGCCAACGGCUGAUGAUCAUACGUAUAAGAUCAUCGUGUACCUUGGAAUUGCCGGGCAGUAUAGUGAUUGCGAGCUUCCUAGUCGGGUAUUGUUAGAGACUCAUGCGAGUAUUGCGAGGAUCCUUCAUGCUUCGGGGAAGGGGGAUGAGAUUGAUGAAAUUUUAAGUGAUGGCUAUGAAAUACGGCAUCUUGCAUUGGACGGGGAGACUAAUGUUCGGAGGAUUGUUCCUGUGUUGUUGUAUUAG